CAGCCUGCAGCUUUUGCGCAGUGUUGCAGUUGUGAGUUUGUUUGCGACCUUCGUUUUUGAGUUAAAAAGGAAACUAGCAUGUCUCGAUCUCGGCAGCUGGGAAUGAGGACGAUAUUCGGACAGGGCGACCUGGAGCGGGUCUCGCAGGCGCAGGGGAAGGUGAUGGACAUGUACGAGUCGAUGAGAACCGGUCCGGACUCGGGGUUCGGCUCAAUGGCGACCAACAGCAGUUUGGGAGAAGAGAUGCCGGCUCCACCGAAACUCCUGGGGGUGACCAGAAACCCCGAGCAGACGGACUCCGGGCUCGGGGAAGACGUUGAGACGGAUCACGUGGCCGUAGAGACGCGGACCUCGGCUCUCGAUCAGGUAGAGAUGGCGCCGUCCGAGGUGAGCGUGGAGCCGCCACGGAAGACUUCGGGGAUCUCUGUCGCGUUGCGGGCCGAGAAACCCUUGCCUCGUCGGCCGAGGAAGACCAUCGCUCCCUGCGUUGGAACCAAUAUGCAGUACAGUUCUCCGCGACAGGCGACGAGCGACGCGGGAGCGGGCAGCGGACUCGGGCCCCCGUCUCUCACCUCGGUACACGUCCCGGCGCAGCAGGCCCAGGAGGAGGUACAGCGACUUCACCUGCAGAACCAGUGGGAGCGCAUCCUCCUCCAGCAACGACUCCACUACCUCUUGCCCAACAAAGAAGGCGACACUGGUGUUCAUUUGGCAGUCAUCCAUUCCCGGCCAGACAUACUGAUCCAGUUGCUGGCACUGGUAGCCACUGACGCCAGAUUGAGAGUGGCUCUGGACGAGCAAAACAGCCUCUAUCAGACUGCCCUCCACAUUGCAACCCAUACUCAACAAGUGGAGAUGAUACAGAAACUGUUGGCUGGGGGAGCUUCGCUCGAGCUCACCGACCACAAGGGAAACACGCCGCUGCACGUAGCCUGUCGGUUCAGCUCCACCAAGUGUCUGGAGGAGCUGGUGAGAGGUGUUCCGUUGGACCGACUCUUGGAGGCCGCCUGCAUUCGUAAUCACCAGGGACAGACCUGUAUCCACGUGGCAACGGAGCGUGGCAACACAGACGCACUCCGCAAGCUCAAGAGCAUUGGCAUCGACAUGAAUGUGGAGGACUUCCACAGUGGAAAGACCCCUCUCCACCUGGCAGUGGAGAAAUGCUCUCUCACUGACGUCCAGUUCCUCACAGAGACGUGCCAGGUCGACGUGAACAAGGCCACCUACUCCGGGUGCACAGCUCUUCACACAGCCGCUGGCCGCGGGAACAUUGCCGUUGUUGCAUACCUCCUGUCCAUGGGGGCAGACCCCGACCUUCUCACAGAUGAGGGAGACACGGCUCUCGACUUGGCUGGCUCGGACCAAGUGGCCACCAUCCUCACAAAGGCUGCCACGCUCAGAUGGCUCAGUGCAUAAACACUCACUCAGUCACACCCACAACGCUUGUCCUCACACUCCCCUCCCUCCUCUCUUCAUGUGUGUACCUCUCUCAACCCACGCCAGUCUUUUUUCGUUGGAAAUUAUGUCGUUUAUCAGUUGUAUUGUUUUUAAUUGUCGCGACCAAAACUGUGAGAGACACAUUAUUGUCAGAGUUCCUAUUGAAGGUGUUAUGUACUGAAAGAAGAUGAGGAGGAAGUGGGGACUGCAGCUGGAGUAGUAGAGGCUGAUGUUUUAGCUGCCGGUCUUGUCAGAGUCUUGCUAAAGAUAGAGUAGGUGUACUCCUCGGCAUGGAGAGGGUCACAGUACAGCGGUGACGUCUCAUCUUCACAGUAUCUACAUUAGUGCGAGUCUGGAGCCUACGUGCAUGUUAUGGAAAGAGUCUUACUUCAUCUUUUCUCGGAAGAAGCGACUCGAAAGUGUAUUUUCUGGACAUUGAAAGAGAAUUUGAGGGAUAAAACCUGUGAUUCUCCCAACAGUAAACCACAAACAGAACGUAAUGCAUUCCCUCCCAUAAAGAGUGGUAAGUGUUGGCGCACUAUACCUUUUUACAGCACAUUACCUUUGAAGACAGUCAGCAUAACCUUCCUCAUAUGAGUCCUGCAUGUGGCAGAGAACGCAAACAUGGACAGCCGCAACCAACCCUAUUAGGUCACACGGCAUUUUGCACCCUUCACUACCGCAGUAUACACUGGUGUGCCUCCGCAAAGUACACAUUAUGAAUGUAAAACAAACGUGUUCUGGAACUCGGGCAUCCUGUGGUAUCAUUCCCUUACCUAUGAGCAAUAAGCUCUAGGAUCUGCAUCAGAAACUUUCCCAAACCUUUGUUCCUGACCUCAGCACUCAAGUGGAUUUCGUAACUGCGGCAGGCGGAAGACUUGUUGUCACAACAACCAGGAUGUCUUCAUGAGUUCAAAUGCCCAUUUCCUCUCCUCCUCGGGGACCUGGUGCACAGGAUGGAAACUAAUGGCAGCAUCCAAUCUGACGGAAGAGAGAGGGUGAGGAGAGGAAGGGGCGGAGGCAAUUUCCCUGUACUCGGAACUGUGUGGUACAGUAUGUGUUACCCAUUUCUGGUGUAUCUCCUGAAAGCUUGCAGAGAGGCCAUGUGGUCUCCCAUCUGAAUGAAGGUGUGUGUGUGUGUGUGGGGUGCAUGUCUGACGGUACACUCACUCCUACAUUACCUCGUAUGCUGCCUUUACUUUCGCCAUAGCAGCUACCACCUCUGCUUGCUCCUGACAGUGAGACAAGUUUAUCUGAUUCAGCAGUGAAUGGAGAACACAUCACCUGCUUUUUUCUUGCCUUCCUCUCCUUCCCCCGACCUCCUGCCUUCUUCUGCAGGUCAUUGCAAAUUUUGUCAUGUGUGCAUGCUAAUAGUGCUUCAUUGUCUGGCCUUGGAUUUUGGAGGCAUGUCAGUCCACU